AUGCAGAAGUCUUUCUUAUUCCUUCUUCAAGCUUCCUUGUUGCUUGCUAAGCCCGUAUCCCCUAAUCCGGUUUCAUACCAAGAUUGGCUGGACUUUAAGCAAGAGCAUGGCAAGAUCUACAAGGAUGAGGCCGAGGAGCUCUCGCGUAGGAAUGUCUACCACCAGAAUAAGGAACUCAUUCAGCAGCACAACCUCCGAUUUUCCAAGGGUCUUGAGACCUUCAAGCUGGCUGUAAACCAGUUCACCGACUUGCUGACCACCGAAAUGAACCAAAUGAUGAGCGGUUUUCCAUAUUCUUCUAUCUUUCGUUCCAGUGGUUCAACCUUCAUAUCGCCGGUAUACUCCACCCUUCCUGAGUUCGUGGAUUGGAGAUCAAAGGGCGCAGUGACCCCGAUAAAAACCCAGGGACGCACGUGUGGCAGCUGCUACGCCUUCGCUGCUGUAGGCGCUUUAGAAGGUCAACAUUUUAGAAAGACUGGAAAACUCAUCUCACUGUCGCCCCAAAAUCUGGUGGAGUGCUCUGGGAGUUACGGAAAUAUUGGAUGCAUUGGCGGCUGGCCAAAACCAUCGUUCGCCUACAUAAAGGAUAAUGGUGGGAUUGCCACCGAAGAAUCGUAUCCCUACACAGGCGUCCAAGGUACAUGCAACAUGAGCGACACUACAAUCGGAGCCACUAGUUCGGGUUUUGUGGAAUUACCCUAUGGAGACGAGAAGAAACUCGCCGAGGCUGUAGCUUUCUUUGGACCCGUAGCCGUGUCUUUUGAUAAUAGUGAAACCUCUUUUCAUUCGUACUCAUCAGGAAUUUACCAAAAUCCUGCUUGUCGUAAGAAUAGUUAUGUUCACGCUGCCGUAGUUGUUGGCUACGGCACUGAGUCUGGUACGGAUUACUGGCUGGUGAAGAACUCUUGGGGUACCAAAUGGGGAAUUAAUGGAUAUAUCAAGAUGAUACGCAAUGCGAAUAAUCAUUGCGGAAUCGCAAGCUAUCCCGUAUUGCCUUUGGUUUAG